AGCGAAUGAGAAGCAGGAAGGAGGGAGGAGAGACAGAGAGAAGGUUUGUGUUUUUCUCUAUCACUGCAGCAUUCUGACAGAGCAGCAGAGCAGCCUAAACACGACUCCCAGCAGAUAGACACAGAGAAGACACUGAAGACACAUUGGAUAGGAGAUAAAGAGAGGAAGACAGAAAGAGAGAGAGAGAGAGAAGACAGCACCUCCAGAGUGACCGCGGACAGUGACAAGGAGACCGAGGGUAAAGAGAGGCUGCUGGACGAGACACGCACCGACAGAUACGCCAACAAACACAGACACGUGUGUCAGUCUGUUUUUGACACGCACCAGAGGAUUCGGUUCCUGGGGUUCCUGUGUGUGUUUGAGGGGUUGAGGGUGUGUGUGUUUGAGGGGGUGUGUGUGUGUGGUGUUGAUGGGACAGUAAGAGAUGUGUGUAUCUCAGUAUCAGAGGGGCAGUAGCCCCCCUGGCCUCCUCCUCCUCCUCCCUCUGUUCCUCCUCUCCUCCUCUCAUCUACUCGCUCAUGGAGCCAUCCAGAUCCCCAAAAACUAUAAAGUACAGAACAUGUUACAGCCUCCUAUUCUGACAAAGAUGCCUGAGUCCUUAACGGCCUUUUCAUUAGACGAUAUCAUGCUGAUCUGCGAGGCCACCGGCAUCCCCACACCCAGUUUCCGCUGGGUAAAGGAUGGUAAGAAGUUGAACUGGAUGGGACAUAGUGGUUCUGGAAAUUUCACAGCCCAUGGCGACAAGCCGCUCAGCGAUUACCAAGGACACUACCGUUGCUACGCCGACAACACCCUGGGAACAGCCAUGACACACACCGUCAAACUCAUCGCUGAAUCGACACCGACCCUCCCUAAGCAGAAGAGAUCUCAUAAAACGGCAGAGGAAGGAGCCAAUGUUGUUCUCCACUGCAACCCUCCCAGGAGCUCCACCACCCCCCACAUACACUGGAUGGACAAGAAACUGCUCCAUAUAGGUCAGAGUGAGCGUGUGACGACAGGUCUGGAUGGGAACUUGUACUUUGCCAAUGUGUUGAAGAACGACAGUCGAGAUGACUACACUUGUAAUGCUCAUUACAUCGCUGCCAGGACCAUCCUGCCUAAAGAACCCAUCUCACUCACUGUCACACCUAGUAAUGACGUGGCUCGUGGCAGGAAGCCCCAGCUGAUGCAACCUCAGGGCCCCCACAGCUCUCACCUGGCCCUCAGGGGCCACAGCCUGAUACUGGAGUGUAUACCUAAAGGGCUUCCUACUCCUUCGGUAUUGUGGAGGCAUAUGGAGGUUAAGAAUCUGUCGGAGACAGGAGCCUGGACAGAUAACCACGGAAGGUGGCUUCGGUUCGACAGCGCAACCCAGAAGGCAGAUGGAGAAUACGAGUGUCUGGCUUCAAACAAACAUGGAUCCGUCACACACUCCUACACCGUCACUGUGGAAGCUGAGCCGUACUGGGUGAAGGAACCCCUGCCUCUGUUGUAUUCCCCUGGGGAGACAGUGAGGCUGGACUGUCAGGCCGAGGGUAUCCCCACCCCUACUGUCACAUGGAGUAUAAACGGAGAGCCUGUCACAGAGGUAGACAUUGACCCUAGGCGGAGGGUGAGCGGAGGGGUGUUGGUCCUAAAAGACGUAGUGUUUGGUGAUACGGCUGUGUACCAGUGUGAAGCCACCAACAAACACGGAAAUAUCCUCAGCAACACUUACAUCUAUGUCAUUGAGCUGCCAGCUCAGAUCCUGUCCUCUGAUGGGGUGGUGUAUCAAGUUACGGAGGGGGGCGUGGCCAGACUGCAUUGUGAGGCCUUCGGGUCACCCCGUCCACAGGUCACAUGGGAGAGUGAGGAUCUCCAGGACGCCUUGCUGUCGGACAGUCGUGUGUCUCAACUGACCAAUGGGACGUUAGAACUGUUUAACAGUAGCAGGGAGGACAGUGGAGUCUACACCUGCUCCAUUACACACAGCAACAACUCCAUCACCGCUCACCUGGAGGUCCUCAAACGUACGGAGAUACUGAUCGGUCCCCAGGCUGUACAGGUUACGAGGGGAGGAGACUCCUGGUUGGACUGUCAUUUCACCUUUGACCCCCAUCUGAACCGACCCCAGAUCCUCUGGAGGAAAGACGGACAGAAGAUCAUGGAGUCAUCACUGGGAGACAAGUACACUCAAUUUGGGAAUGGAACCCUCAGAGUGACAGACGUCCAAUCAGCAGACGGAGGGCUUUACUCCUGUGAGGUCAUCACAGAUCUGGACAGCGUAUUGGCCAGUGGUUCCAUCACUGUAGUGGCCAUUCCCAGCCCUCCAGCGUUUCUGUCUCUGUCUGAAGAGAGGGACCACAAGCUGACUCUCAGCUGGACACCUGGAAACACACACAACUCCCCCACCACAGAGUUUGUGGUGGAGGUGAAGGAGGAGAAACACGCUGAGGGGAAGUGGGAGUCACACCGUGUGACUGGGGACGUCAAUCAUCUGGAGAUACAACUCCUCCCGUACUCCACCUACCGCUUCCGGGUCAGCGGGGUCAACAGACUGGGGAGGAGCGACCCAUCAGAAAUCUCUGAGGCCUACAGCACCCUACCCGCAGUUCCUGAAAGUUACCCUCCAAAUGUGCGUAGUGAGUCUACAGAACCAGGAACACUGGUCAUCAUGUGGGAGGAGAUUGCCCGGCGUUUGUACAACGGGUCGGGGUUCCAGUAUAAGGUGUCAUGGCGACAGGUUCAGGAGCAACACUGGAGCCAUACCCAUGUUCCACGUCCUCCCUACCUGGUGAACGGAACCAGAGCGUUCUCUAGUUAUGAGAUGAAGGUCCAGGCUGUCAACUCUCUGGGAGAGGGCCCACAUCCUGCUCCCGUUAUAGGACACUCUGGAGAGGACUACCCGCUGGCCUCUCCAUCUAACAUCAGUGUGUCAGUAGAUAACAGCUCAGCCAGUGUAAGGUGGCAGCCGGUUGACACACACACGGUCCAGGGUCACCUCCUGGGUUAUAAGAUCUAUCUGAAGAGGUUGGGUUCCCAGGGAGGAAGAGAGCGUAGAGCGAUGGUGCACAGAGAGGUGAGAGAGAUUGAGGGAGGAGUGGAGCGAGGGACGGAGAGAAAGGAGGAGAGGUGGGUUGUGGAGGUGGACGGCAACAAGACCAAAGAGGUGGUGACGGGGCUCAAACUCUAUUCCCUGUACGAGCUGUCAAUGACAACCUUCAACAGAAAGGGGGAGGGGCCUCACUCACCGACACACCCCUUCAGGACGCCGGAGGGAGUUCCUGGUCCUCCUGCGUCUCUGGGUUUUGAGAGUCCGUCGGAGACAGAGUUAACCCUUCACUGGAGGCCCCCCACUCAGCCCAAUGGACGACUUGUGGGAUAUGUUCUACAGUACCAACAGAUUUCAGACAGCCGAGACAGUCCUCUUCAGGUAGAGGUGAUCUAUGACCCCACGGUGACCCACUUCCUGUUGGAAGGUCUGGACCCUCAUAGCCGCUACGUCUUCUACCUGAGGGGACGAACAUCAGCCGGACAGGGACCCCCAAUCACACGGGAGUGUGCCACCCUGCUGGACGGAGUACCUCCCAGUAACAUCAGUACAGUGGUAGGAGAAACGUCAGUCAACCUGAGCUGGGUCCCUGGAGACAGAUAUAGGAACCACAGCUUCCACAUCAAAUACCUCAGCAAGACUGUUGGGGGUAAGUGGGAGGAGUCAGAACAGGUUAACACGUUGCAGGCAUUCUAUUCGCUGACGGGUCUUCAGCCUGGAACACAGUACCGCCUCCUCAUCACCCAUGGCAACUAUACGCACUGGGAGGACGAGAUACAGACCACCGGUCCAGAGCUACGUGGUGUGGAAGGGGAUUUUGCUACUCAAGGCUGGUUCAUAGGGCUGGUCAGUGCUGUAGUGUUGCUGAUGUUGCUGCUUCUGGUUCUCUGUUUCAUCAAGAGGAGUAAAGGGGGCAAGUACGCAGUGAAAGACAAGGAAGAGAAUCAGAUGGACUCCGAGGCUCGGCCAAUGAAAGACGAGACGUUCGGAGAGUACAGAUCUCUGGAAAGUGAUGGUGAUGAGAAGCGGUCCGUCAGUCAGCCAUCUCUGUGUGUGGAGAGUAAACUGGGGAGUGACGACUCCCUUGCCGAAUACGGAGACAGUGUCGACAUCCAGUUCAACGAGGACGGCUCUUUCAUUGGUCAAUACAGCGGCCGAGGGCCCGCGCCUACAGGAAAUGAGAGCUCUGGCCCCGCCUCCCCUGUCAAUCUAGACCCCCCGCCUCCUCCGAUAGGCCCCUCCUUCGCCGGAAUACUGGACAGGACCAGUUAGAACAGACACACCAUCAGACUGCCUCCAUGAGGACCUCUCAUUCCUGACACCACUGCCAUCAGACUGCCUGCAUGAAGACCUCUCAUUCCUGACACUUCUGUUAUCAGACUCCCUGCAUGAGGACCUCUCAUUCCUGACACCACUGCCUGCAUGAGGACCUCUCAUUCCUGACACUUCUGCCAUCAGACUGCCUCCAUGAAGACCUCUCAUUCCUGACACCACUGCCUGCAUGAGGACCUCUCAUUCCUGACACCACUGCCUGCAUGAGGACCUCUCAUUCCUGACACCACUGCCUCCAUGAAGACCUCUCAUUCCUGACACUUCUGCCAUCAGACUGCCUGCAUGAGGACCUCUCAUUCCUGACACCACUGCCUGCCUGCCUGCUAGACAUACAUAAGUUCAGUACAUUCCAUGGGGGUACAGUAUGUAGAGAAGCUGUUUACAGAUCAGCUUAACUUCUCUACUCCACGUUUACACACACAGUAGUACACACACAGUAGUACACACACAGUAGUACACACACAGUAAUACCCACAGUCAGAAUGCAGCUGCCCACUACUCCAAAACCCGUUGACGCGGUGUACCACAGCGCGCUUCGCUUUAUCACAGGAAACAGGUUUAAACCUCACCACUGCGUCCUUUAUCAGAAGGUCUGCUGGCACCUCACUAAAAUCUCGUAGAUCACUUCAUUACUCUCUUUUUGUUGACAAAGCAUCCAACAUAUCUCACUUCUCUUAAAGUAUCAAAUACAAUGCACCAAACCCGCUCACAGGGCUGGUUAACUCUUGAGGUCCUUCGUGUCUCUACCAACCAAUCAGCUUUCAGUUUUAACGCCCCCCAAUGUUUGGAAUCGUUUACUAACCUCCAUCUUGAAUCCCUGGUGUCAAUAGGCAGUUCAGAAUGCCGAUGAAGAAUGAACUCACUGAUGUUUCUGACUGUUUUGGUUGACUGUCAUAAUGUAUUUGUGUUGUGGUAAUGUAGUGUUUCUGUAACUGCUGCUUUUUGCUGUUUUAUUAAAUUAUCAUGUUGAUUUGGGAAUUGUUUGUUUUUAGGGCACCAUUGAGAAUGAGACGCUGAUUUAAAUUGGGAUUUCCUGAAUACAAACAAGUUUAAUAAAAACACAAACCUAAGAGCCCGACCAAACCCUGACACUCUUAGUCCAACCAUCUCUCCUUCUCUCCAUCUCUCCAUCUCUCCUUCUCUCCAUCUCUCCUUCUCUCCAUCUCUCCUUCUCUCCUUCUCUCCAUCUCUCCUCUUCAUCCCUCCUCUUCUCUCCAUCUCUUCUCCUCUCCAUCUCUCCAUCUCUCCUUCUCUCCAUCUCUCCUUCUCUCCUUCUCUCCUUCUCUCCUUCUCUCCUUCUCUCCUUCACUCCUUCUCUCCUUCUCUCCAUCUCUCCUUCUCUCCUUCUCUCCUUCUCUCCUUCUCACCAUCCGUCCGUCUCUCCAUCUCUCCAUCUCUCCAUCUCUCCUUCUCUCCUUCUCUCCUUCUCUCCUUCUCUCCUUCUCACCAUCCGUCCUUCUCUCCAUCUCUCCUUCUCUCCAUCUCUCCACCUCUCCAUUUCUCCUUCUCUCCAUCUCUCCAUCUCUCCUUCUCUCCUUCUCUCCUCUCGAACUCUCCAUCUCUCCAUCUCUCCUUCUCACCAUCCGUCCAUCUCUCCUUCUCUCCUCUUCAUCCCUCCUCUUCUCUCCAUCUCUUCUCCAUCUCUCCAUCUCUCCUCCCUUGAGAGAGGAGAGGAGGUGAGAGAGGUAGGAGAGGAAAUAGGCAAAGAAAAGGUGAGAGUGUAUUAAUCACAAAGACAUUAUAUUUGGGUAUUUUACAUCAUUUUUGGUGCAACAUUUUAUUUAAUUGUUUUGGGGGGAGAUAUGUGGUGUUUCUUUCUCAGUGUCGCUGUGUUUGUAAUGAAUUAGGGUUAGGGUUAGGGUUAGGGUUAGGGUUAGGGUUAGCACCUGGCACCUCACUAACCCUAACCCUAACCCUAACCCUAACCCUAACCCUUCCCAUUCAAAAUCCCAUUUUCUCUAACCCUAACCCUAACCUUAAACCUAAUCCUAACCCUUAUCCUAACCCUAAACCCUUAUCCUAACCCUUAUCCUAACCCUAACCCCUUACCCUAACCCUAAACUUAAACCUAAUACUAACCCUUAUCCUAACCCUAAACCCUUAUCCUAACCCUAACCUUUAAACGCUAAUCCUAACUUGUAAUUGUAACUCUAAACCUAACCCCUAAACUUAAAAUAGCCUUCUUCCUUGUGGGGACCGGAAAAAUGUCCCCACUUGUCUGAAUGUUCCUUAUUUUACUACCCCCAAGGAUAGUAAACACACACACACACACACACACACACACACACACUCACACUCACACUCACACACACACACAUUUACAUUUACAUUUACAUUUAAGUCAUUUAGCAGACGCUCUUAUCCAGAGCGACUUACAAAUACAUACAUUCAUACAUACACAAAUACAUACAUUCAUAUUCAUACUUUUUUUUUUUUUUUUUUUUUUUGGCAUCUAUGGCAUCCAUGGACUAGUCAAGCUCUGUAGCAAACUUCUACUACUGGGCUGAAGGAGAAAGGGGCAAUGGAAGAAAGAAGAACAAAAGAGGAGGAGAGAGGAGGGAGAGGGAGGAGAGAGGAGGGAGGAGAGAAGGAGGAGAGAAGGAGGACAGAGGGAGGAGAGAGGGAGGAGAGAGGAGGGAGGAGAGAAGAGGGAGUAGAGAAGAGGGAGGAGAGAGGGAGGAGAGAGGGAGGAGAGAGGGAGGAGAGAGGAGGGAGGAGAGAAGGAGGAGAGAAGGAGGACAGAGGGAGGAGAGAGGGAGGAGAGAGGAGGGAGGAGAGAAGGAGAGAGAGGGAGGAGAGAGGGAGGAGAGAGGGAGGAGAGAGGAGGGAGGAGAGAAGGAGAGAGAGGGAGGAGAGAGAGAGCAGAAGGAGAGAAGAGGAAGGAGAGAGAGAGCAGAAGGAGAGAGAGGGAGGAGAGAAGAGGGAGAGAAGAGGGAGAGAGGGAGGAGAGAGGGAGGAGAGAGAGAGGGAGUAGAGAAGAGGGAGAGAAUCAGAAGUAUCAUUCUCUGAAUGUAAAUAGAAGGACUAGUCCAUGGACUAGUCAAGCUCUGUAGCAAACUUCUACUACUGGGCUGAAGGAGAAAGGGGCAAUGGAAGAAAGAAGAACAAAAGAGGAGGAGAGAGGAGGGAGAGGGAGAGGGAGGAGAGAGAGAGGGAGGAGAGAGGAGGGAGUAGAGAAGAGGGAGGAGAGAGGGAGGAGAGAGGGAGGAGAGAGGGAGGAGAGAGGAGGGAGGAGAGAAGGAGGAGAGAAGGAGGAGAGAGGGAGGAGAGAGGGAGGAGAGAGGAGGGAGGAGAGAAGGAGAGAGAGGGAGGAGAGAGGGAGGAGAGAGGGAGGAGAGAGGGAGGAGAGAGGAGGGAGGAGAGAAGGAGGAGAGAAGGAGGAGAGAGGGAGGAGAGAGGGAGGAGAGAGGAGGGAGGAGAGAAGGAGAGAGAGGGAGGAGAGAGGGAGGAGAGAGGGAGGAGAGAGGAGGGAGGAGAGAAGGAGAGAGAGGGAGGAGAGAGAGAGCAGAAGGAGAGAAGAGGAAGGAGAGAGAGAGCAGAAGGAGAGAGAGGGAGGAGAGAAGAGGGAGAGAAGAGGGAGAGAGGGAGGAGAGAGGGAGGAGAGAGAGAGGGAGUAGAGAAGAGGGAGAGAAUCAGAAGUAUCAUUCUCUGAAUGUAAAUAGAAGGACUAGUCCAUGGACUAGUCAAGCUCUGUAGCAAACUUCUACUACUGGGCUGAAGGAGAAAGGGGCAAUGGAAGAAGGAAGAACAAAGGAGGAGGAGAGAGAGAGGGAGAGGGAGGAGAGAGAGAGGGAGGAGAGAGAGAGGGAGGAGAGAGAGAGGGAGGAGAGAGGAGGGAGUAGAGAAGAGGGAGUAGAGAAGAGGGAGGAGAGAGGGAGGAGAGAGGGAGGAGAGAGGAGGGAGGAGAGAAGGAGGAGAGAGGGAGGAGAGAGGGAGGAGAGAGGGAGGAGAGAGAGAUGGAGUAGAGGAGAGGGAGUAGAGAAGAGGGAGUAGAGAAGAGGGAGGAGAGAGGGAGGAGAGAGGAGGGAGGAGAGAAGGAGGAGAGAGGGAGGAGAGAGGGAGAGAGGGAGGAGAGAGGAGGGAGGAGAGAAGGAGAGAGAGAGGGAGGAGAGAGAGAGGAGAGAGAGAGGGAGUAGAGAAGAGGGAGGAGAGAGGGAGGAGAGAGAGAGCAGAAGGAGAGAAGAGGAAGGAGAGAGAGGGAGGAGAGAAGAGGGAGAGAAGAGGGAGAGAGGGAGGAGAGAGGGAGGAGAGAGGGAGGAGAGAGGGAGGAGAGAGGGAGGGAGGAGAGAGAGGGAGGAGAGAAGAGGGAGAGAAGAGGGAGAGAGGGAGGAGAGAGAGAGGAGAGAGGGAGGAGAGAGGGAGGAGAGAGGGAGGAGAGAGGGAGGAGAGAGGGAGGAGAGAAGAGGGAGAGAAUCAGAAGUAUCAUUCUCUGAAUGUAAAUAGAAGCUGAAGAUUGUUAUCUAUCUGAUCAUUUCAAUUGAUCCUUUUUCAAAGUGAUUAUUUUAAUGUCACUUGGUUUUGUAGCUCCCACCGCUCUCUUCAGUUAAACUGCUGUUCCUGUGUGGUGUCAUAUCUAUGAUGCUAAACCUUACAGCCUGUGUGGUGUCAUAUCUAUGAUGCUAAACCUUACAGCCUGUAUGGUGUCAUAUCUAUGAUACUAAUCCUUACAGCCUGUAUGGUGUCAUCAUAUCUAUGAUACUAAUCCUUACAGCCUGUAUGGUGUCAUCAUAUCUAUGAUACUAAUCCUUACAGCCUGUAUGGUGUCAUCAUAUCUAUGAUACUAAUCCUUACAGCCUGUAUGGUGUCAUCAUAUCUAUGAUACUAAUCCUUACAGCCUGUAUGGUGUCAUAUCUAUGAUACUAAACCUUACAGCCUGUAUGGUGUCAUCAUAUCUAUGAUACUAAUCCUUACAGCCUGUAUGGUGUCAUAUCUAUGAUACUAAUCCUUACAGCCUGUAUGGUGUCAUCAUAUCUAUGAUACUAAUCCUUACAGCCUGUAUGGUUGGUUUCUGUAUUGGCUUGUAGUCCAGACGCCUGUGUUUAGAUCCUAGAAAAUCUUUCAACUUAUGUUUCUGUAUGUUAGAUAAACAGCAGCUAUAGAUUAUUGAUGAGAAAUGUCAUACCUGUAACCAUUUAUUAGUUAACAUUGAUAAGAAAUGUCAUACCUGUAACCAUUUAUUAGUUAACAUUGAUUAUUGAUAAGAUUUGUCAUACGUGUAACUAUUUAUUAGUUAACAUUGAUUAUUGAUAAGAAAUGUCAUACGUGUAACCAUUUAUUAGUUAACAUUGAUUAUUGAUUAGAAAUGUCAUAUCUGUAAAACAAAAAGGGCCAAUGUUUAGUCAUUGUUGAAAGAACACGAUCAUUACAUCAUCACCAGGAAGCUCAACGCGUCUUUUGAAAAAUGGGCAGGGCAAAGAGGAACAGGAGAGAAGCCUGAUUGGCCCAGAGAGGCCAGUUUGUGUUGUUGUUCCAGGGCACCUUAGUAGCAGUGUCCCCGGGCAUCUCAGAUGAUUCAAAUGUCAUAUUCAUGUGGUUGAACACUUUUAAUGGCAUUGUGAGCAGAGAGACUGCAAUAUAGACACACUGGAAUGAACCCAAUACGUUCUACAGACUCCUCUCUGGUCCAGCCUCUGCUCCAUGCUACUCGGAACUAGGAAAGUCCCAAAUUUCCAACUUGCUAAUUUGUUGUACAACUACAACAAUUAGCAUGUCAGAGAUUUUUGGAGUUUCCUAGUUCCGACUAAGAAGUUAAUGGGUCAUAUCUGUCAAGCUGUCAGGGACAAUACAGUUUGGAAGUAAUGAGUUGAAAAAUACUCAUAGAAAUCAAUUGGAAAUUAACCUGUCUGUCUGUCUGUCUGUCUGUCUGUCGCAGCCUUCUUUUACAACUAUAAACACAGAGAAAAACAACAAAAACUAGAAAAGGGAAAAUAUGAAUAUUUUACAAUAACCAAUAAGUAUAUGACUAAUAUUAAUAUCAAUACAAUCUGAAGCCUCACAGAGCUACUGGGGAGGAAGGGAGGGAUGAACACAUUUGAGGGGAGGGUUAAACAAGUGAUAUUGUACCUGCUUGUUGCAUCGUGUAUCUAAUUAAUUAACCCCACAGCUACUAAUAAACUGGGACUAUGCAUAACCAA